AUGGACUUCAGUAACGGCCUUGGCAUAUCCUUUGGCACAAACCAUUCGGAGUUUGAGGAACGUGAUGACAAUUACGGAGAGUCAAUUGAAUCUAAUAACGAUCAUCAAGUUCAUCAUGAUCAGCAGAUGGAAUACAAUGGAGAGACUCCGGGAGAUCAGACAUCCUUUGAGUCUCAACUUGCCGAUCCAGACAGUACUCCUCGACCAAACUCUUCUUACCAAAACCAGUUCACCCCCAUCAAUCAAGCUUCAGGUGGUGCACAAGCCCAGUCCUAUGGUCAACCAUAUCAAUACAGUCAACCGAGCGCUUCUUUUCAUCCUUUGGGAGGCAAUGAACAUCUUCAGGGUCAUAUGAAUGCUAUUCUUGCUUCACAGAACGACUAUGGCCAAGCAAUUCCUCAAUCUUUGCAAUUUGGCGCAGAUCCUCAAUUCAACAAUCAUGGUCAUCCUGAAUAUGGCUUCCAGCACAUGUCAAACCAAGAUCGAAUGGAUACACAACAUGGCUUUGGAAAUCCUGGUAUGCAACCUCAGCAGUUUACACAGAACAACAAUCAGCAGUAUGACUCUCCCCCAGACAUGCAGCACCAAGAAGAUUCUGGUAGUUCCCCAUCCUAUAAUCUUCAAACAUAUCGAACUUUGUACAGGAAUCAAGAAGAUUUCAGUCAAGUGAGCGAUUGUUUAAGCUUUCAGCCAAGGGCCGGUUCUUUGAGAGCAAGUCGCUUUCGUCCAGUGCAAAAUCAACUUGGCGACCAAGCUCAAAGUUCAUCUUCUGCAGGACAAGGGAAUAUGUCAAACAAAAACAACAAAUCGUCCGGUCGUGCUCCAGGCAAGAAAGGUGGAGGACCCGAAGCAAGAUACUGGAAUGGAUUCGACACACAUCGCUCAAUGUGGCCCGUUCAAAACUGGAUCAUCGAAACUAUCUUGCCUGGAUCAUGUAUUUAUCACUUGACUCCUGGCGAGCAAGAAGGCAUCAUUACAAUGAUGCAACGUUUAGGAUUGGACAAGUGGAAGAUUACAUGCAAUGAGGAUAUCCAAAAGUUCUUGGAUCAUAUGAAGUCAUUCAAAUCGCAGCUCUACGCGAAAGAAGCACAACUCAGAGCAGAAGCAGGUCUGCCUGAGCUUCCUCUGCCUGAAGAAAAUCAAGAUACUCAGGAUGGUGAUGACCCGCCUCUACAAGAUACAUCUUCAUUUCCAGAGAUAUCACCAAAUCAUGUUCUUACCUCCGACCAUGGAGAACCAAUCUUUGGCCGGGAUCCAAGAGACUAUCGCCUCGUAGGUAUGGGUCACUCGCAUCAACCAGAUGAUAUAUCUUUCAUUCCAGUAUGCUCAGAACAAGAGAUCGUUGCGGGUCACAAGUUGUCAGCUCAAGAACUCAACUCGCAACUUCGUCCUCCACCUUUCAUUACCCAGCAUUUUUGUCCUACAACUUUCCAAUCAAAUUACGGUAUGCAAAAUCAGCAAGGAUAUCUAUUGACUCAUCCAAGUGAUCUACUUCAUCCAUCUGUGGAUCAAGGCAUGAGCAGACCUUUGGAUUUCUCGUAUCAAGAUGUCGGAUUCAAUGGUGGUCCACCACAGCAAUAUCAUAACCAUGGUUAUGCGAGUCAAGCACAGCAAUACCAUCAUCACGGUCAACCUUUUGAGUACAGCUCCUUUCAUGGUUACUCCCCUCAUUCUCCCCAUCCUUAUCCAAUCAACAAUGCUGACCAAAAUUUCCAUCCAGCUCCACCCCCAGAAAAGAUUGAGGAGUACGAGGAGUACGAGGAAGACGACGAACAGCAAGAGGAGGUAAGAGGUACUGAGUCUCAGUCUCAGACCGCAAAACAGAAACAGGAACAAGAACAGAAGCAACCCGAGCCCCCGCAACAAGAAGACCAAGCCAUAAAAUCCGAACGCGAACUGAACUCCGACUGUUGGUCUAUCCACGCCGACGAAAUGCGCUCUCCACCACCGAAUAUCCAUCCCAUCCUCCGACCUGCAAAUAUGCCGCCUUCGCCUCCACGACCCCAGCUUCGUUUUCCGAGUAAUGAGAUCAAUCCCUUCGGAGCGAAAAAUAGGCCUCCUCCAAUUAUUGGGCUUGGAAAUCGCGUGUGGAGUAUUGCUCUGGGUGCGUUUGAUGAGAAUGGGGUUAUUAGGGAUUGGGAUAAAGCUAAGAGGAGAGAAAUUGGUGAGGGGAACUGUGGAUGCAAGGGGUUGUUUCAUGGGGAUGGGAAGGGGUUUUAUUAUAUGGAUGGUGAUGGCGGGGAGAGGAUUUGGUGUGACGGGGGAGAAGGGGAGGGUGGCAAGGAGGACAGUGACAAUGGGGAAGAGGGAGAGGACGAAGAUGAAGGCGAGGAAGAUGAACAGUUCAGAGGAGUACCGAAAUGGGUUAAGCAGGCAUUAAUUCAUGGACCAGAAUUAGAUAAGAACGAAGAGAGAAGAAAAGAAGUGGAGUAUCAAGCGAUGAUGGCGAGAAAGGUGAAAGAAAUACUCGCGAGAAAUAAAGCGAAGGAGAGAGGAGAGAUUCUAGGAUUUGGUUUUGAUGGGGAUUUUGGAUCGAUGGAUGUGGAGUCAUUAUUCGAUGAUGCUGAAAAUCUUGAGGGGUAUGAUGCGAAUCUAUUUGAUCCAAAGUCGAGCGGUAAAGGGAAACGAAAAGCGAGAACUGUUGAUUCAGAGAAGGAUCUCGAUGAAGGCUCGCCAGUCAAGAAGUGGAAGGGAAAAGGGAGAGCUGCGGAAUCAGAUGAAGAACUGGAUGAGAGGGAGGUUGCUAGAAAAUAUGCUAACAAGGAGAAGAAUAAGGGGAAAGGAAAGGGAAAAGUGUUCGAACUUCCAGAGGAAACGGGAAGGGAAGAUUACUUGUUUGGAGAUUCUGCAGAAACGGCUCGAUGGGCUGAGGGAUUGGGUCUUCGGCCUCUGGAGAACGAAGAGGAAAUGGAUGAAGAUAGUGACGAUCAUUUCUACGAGAACAUCAAUCCUCCACAGGGUGGCUACGACACUACACGGUAUCCCAACAAUUCCGAACAUGAACAUGAAUCCGCAACCGCAGACUCCGAGCUCGCAGCAACCGGUAUCAUCCUCCCAGCCACAUUUCCGAAUCCCUCCCAUCCCUCUUCUGAGGAAGGAAUCGAAGACAUCCCCAGACCAGCACCCUACCUCUCUCGCCGCAACUCCGGCCCCUUCAACAUCUUCCAAUCUCUCCUCCUGACCCCCGAAAUAAUCCUCGAAUUCAUGCUUCACCUCUCCCCCAGAAACCUCCUCACACUCUACUCCAUCUGCCGUCCCUUCCACACCAUCCUCUCUCACUGGAUGGCGCACGCCAUUAAAUCCAUCGUAAAGCACCAAGCCCCCUACUCCUACACCAUCUACUCCUUCUACCUCUACCGCGAGCUCAGCAUCCCGGACCCCCUCGGCACUCUCAACUCCUCGGGUCAAAUCCGCCGGGUCCCCAGCCUCAAAUACCACCAAAUGGUACUCCACCGCUGCCGCGUCGUGCGCAACAUCCUCGCCUCCCUCGCACGCCAGCAUCUACGCUGUCCCCCGGGUACAAACCACGCCCUCAAAAAAGUCUGGUUCCUCAUGGAUCUAUCCACCACUCUCGACCGCGUCCGCCUCAUCCACAACCGCACCUUCUUCACCGACCACGAUCUCUACAACAUCCAACACUUCAUCGUAAAGCUCGACAUGCGUCUCAACUGUCCCACCGACGGCCCGGGCUCCGAUUUCCUCCGCAAACUCAUGCUCGGUCAGCGGGGUCUCACCCCGCUAUGUCGCUUACUCUCUCGCACCGGUUUUACCGAUCUCUACGAACUCUACCAAUACAGCGUGCGUUACUCCUACACUCCACUCACCCCCGCCCCCGAUCUCCAUCUCGGACUAUUCGAUGUCCCAGAAUGUGAACUUGGAACCGCGCAUCUAGAGGGCUGGGGAAAGGGCUCAAAACAUCUCAUGCGCAUCGAUGAGCUCGUGAUGCGUGAAGCGACGCGCAGAGAACUGGGCUUCAAAGAACAUAUCAUGAUGAUGUUACUCUGGGGAUAUGUGGAUCCGCUUACGGGGGAGAAUCUGCGACCGAGCAGAGAGGAAAUGUAUAUGAGUGAUGGGGAGGGCGAGGAAGCAGAGAGCGAGGGAGAUCCGUGGGAGGGCACGGGAAUGAAUAUGCAGAGGUUGGAACAGGUUGUUUUGGGGAGGGCAGAGGAGAGUGAUGGCGAUGAGGAUGAGGAUGAUGAGCAGCAGGGAGAAGAGGAAUGGGAGGAUGAAAAUGAUUUCGAAGAUGAUCCUUGGUUGUGA